AAAAAUCUACAUGCUUUUGAAACUAGUAUUACCAUUAAGCACUGUGAAAGCAUGAAGUGUCUACAAAUACUUUUACUUUUUUGUACAUUAUUUGUUUUGGCUGCCGCCGAAAAAACGGAUGACCACAAAGCAAGCCAUCAUUCUCAAGAGAAAUCGCACCAAAAUAAGCAUAGGCAUGAGAAGUCCCACAUUUCAGAUCGGCAUAAGAAAACCGAAACCAGAAUUCACUCCAGUUCUCAUUUCAAGCAUUUAGCCUACCGCGAUGGAAAUCAGCAAUGCCACGUUGUCUGCAAUGGAUCACCAUCUAAUGGUUCGGACCUUCAAGUGUUAUACAAUGCAGACGCAGGGUUAAUUGCUUAUUUAAAUCAAACAGCCCACGUAGCACUAUUGGAAGAUUAUUUCAACAACAUAACAUUAAUUUCAAACGGACAGUCUGGAAAUGCAAUAGUUGAAAACAUUGCUAAAGACAAAUACUAUUCCAUUGAAAAAAAUGCCCAAACGGAAGAGGCUUUGUGGCUCUCAUCAAAAACAGACUUCAACGCGUUCUUCAAAAAUCUAACUUCCCUUCAAAAGUUCCUGAAACUCGGGGAGGAACAUGGGAAAAGCAUAAAUAAAGGCGAAGACCUUAUAAAAGCGGAAACACCUGAUUUAAAGUUGUUGUCCUUUAAAACUGUUGAGGGCAAUGUUACCUCUUUUGUAGAUUUCAGGGUCGAACUGAAUAGGACUCUAAGAUUCAUCUUCAAAGGUCAAGGUAGCUUCACUGUCCAUAAAAACAUAGUUUGGUUCACAAACGUGAAUCUAGCAUUCGCAGACUUAUUCCGCGAUUGUCAAGGCCAGUUGCAAUCAGGGGACUUUAAAUUAAAUCUGACCAGAAUCUAUGACGUUAACAGUGGCGUGGAAGCUUUAGUCAAUCUGCUCUCGCAACUUGGCACCCGAGUAAACCUGGCAAACCUACUUAGAAACCAACUGAGCUCGCCUGAGAAGCUGUUGGAGAUACUGGCGAAAUUAAGUGGAGGAUCCAACGAAGGAAUUGAUGGAAUAGUUACUGUGGUGACAACUGUUAUCAGGGCUACAAACGGUCACGCUUCUAUUAACGAUGUCAUCUCUGCUAUACUCAAUUACGAGACGGACGGAGAUAGCACGAGUCUAACAAAGGUUGUUGAUGAGGCCUUGGAACUUAUAGAGUCUCAGAAUAGGGCCUACAAUAACUCCGAAGCUUUCCAAGGGAUUGUAACUGUUCUAAAAGCUAUAAACAACCACAACCUUGUUUUCAGAAACAUUAACAUUUCUGAUAUUCUAACGUUGCUCAUAUCUAGGAAUCCCGUCACGAUAAUACAGACGGUUGUCAGAAUCUUCAUCAGAUUCGGGAGUAGUGAAGGAUUCCAGCAGGUUAUUCGCGAUUUUAUACAAGGGCUUAACGGCACAGAUGGUUUAAAUAUUAUUUCAAGAAUAUUUCCUGGCGCGAACUUGGAUAGUAUACGUCACUCUAUAUCCUCGGCUUUGUCCUCUAUUCCUGUAAUUGGUCACUUGUUCAGAAAUGUAUCCAGCGUUGGAGAAGCAUUUAAUACGUCUAGCAGCUUUAUAAGUGGAAUCCCUGUUAUUGGGCGACCUCUUGCGAAUGCCGCAUCAGGAAUAGCAUCUGGAAUCGAAAAUAUUUUUGGGCCGCAACAUCAACGUCCAGCAUUUGGUCCACCUUUUCGUCCACCAUAUCGUCCAGACAUACUCAAUGAUCAAGUAAACGCAACGGCUGCUAGUGUAACAGAAAGUUCGAAUCAUUCCUCUGGAAAUGGUGUAACAGAAAAACCUAACGCUAGCAGUACUAAUGCCAGUACUUCCGCGAAUAGAACUGAAACCGAAACAAAUUCCCCCACCAAAAGUGGUACAGAAGGUCCAAACACAGGAAAUAGUGGCACAAAGCCGCCGUCUUCCCCGGAAGGUACAACUGCAGAUACCUCGACGUCUAAGAAAGGAUCGGAAGCCCCAAACCCUUCUAGUGGAAGUGCUGCAACUGAAAGUCCAAAGUCUGGAUCUACAGAUGCUCCUGCAUCAGGCGCAAGUAGUAGUCCUGCCUAUUCUGCAGGAUCGACGACUGCUGCACCAAGUUCUACCCCUUCAGGAACCUCUAAAGCACCAGGUUCCAGAAAAGGCAAAAAUCAUGAAUUACAUGAGAAGGAUCACCACCAUCAUCAUCAUACAUCAAAUAAAAAAGAAAAUGUGCACACCAGACAGAAGCAUGAGAAGGAACAUCACGAGAAUUUGAAAUAUUCGAAUCGGAAAGAAAAUUUACAUCAGAAGCACAGACUUGAGGAAAAAGAGCAUCACCACGGACAUUUACAAGGCCCAAACAAAUAUGAAAAUGUUCAACAAAGAUACAAACAACACGAAAAACACGCUCAAGAAAAGAUUCAUGGUAAGGCUGUUCACGAGAAGAAACAUGACGACCACCAUAACCACCAUUAGAAGAUGUACAUGCUCUACCAUGGUUCUAUUGGAUAUACCUACAGUUUCAUUAUCUACGAUUAUACCAAAACUAUCUAAUACAUUUUUUUUAAUCUGAUAGUAUUGUACUUGUUCUGAUGACUAGUGCAAAUAAGUAAAGAUUUAUAGCUACAAGACA